AUGGCGUGGCGCAACCUCAGUCGUCUCAACACACUGAUCUCCGAAGGUUAUGACAAUCCUCGCCUUCUCUUAACCUGCAUCUUUGGCAUGAGUCCCUCUAACUUGCCUUCAGAUUCUGCUAGUCUGUGGAGCAUUCUUUUCUCUGUUUUGUCGGAACAACCUCUUCGUAGGAGACUAAAGCAGUUCGCGACCUUAGACUCGGUUGUGAAACUCUUGCGUGACGGCUCUCGUAUUCUUGUUCUCACUGGAGCCGGCAUCUCUGUCUCCUGUGGAAUUCCAGACUUCAGAUCCCGAGAUGGGGUGCAGGCACGACUUGCAAGAGAUUAUCCUGAUUUGAAAAGCCCCCAAGACAUGUUUGACAUGGAAUUCUUCAUGAAGGGGAAUCCUUACCCCUUCUUCAAAUUUGCACGAGAAACAUUCCCAGGUCAGUUCAAGUCGACGUUUGUGCGUCGAUUCAUCAAGUUACUGGAAAGGAAGGGCAAACUCCUUCAUAACCACUCACAACAUAUCGAAGCGCAGACAGCGGAGAAGCCGGCCACCUCUAAGGCCAGCAGCGCACAUCAGAUGGAGGAGGAGGCAGAUGGGCUCCAAACAUCAUCCAGCGCUCCCACGUUGACAAUCGGCGAAGGUGUGGCAGUGAGGUCGCUGGUGACUAAGAAGGCGAUGCCGCCGCCGCCGCCGCCUCAUCUACGGGGAAAACCGUAG